AUGUAUCAAUCUCAAGGUUUUAUUGAUGCUAAUCAUCCCUCACUUGUCUACAAAUUGCACAAGGCUCUCUAUGGCUUAAAACAAGCUCCUCGAGCUUGGUUCUCCACCUUCUCUUCUUUCAUUAUUUCCCAUGAUUUUGUUCCUAGUUACUGUGACUCUUCUUUGUUUGUCAAACACACUUCUACUUCCAUUGCUAUUCUACUUGUUUAUGUGGAUGAUAUACUACUCACUAGGAGUGAUCCUCUCUAUAUCUCUGUCCUUGUUCAGCAUAUGCACUCAGCCUUUUCUAUGAAAGAGUUAGGUUUGCCCAACUAUUUUCUUGGCAUUUCUGUUGCCUCUUCUCCUUCAGGUUAUAUUUUGUCUCAGCAGAAAUAUGCUUAUGAAAUCUUAGCAAAGGCAGGGAUGAGUGACUGUAAGCCAUAUUCUUCUCCCAUGGCUACUAAGGUUGCUCUUUCAGAGGUGGACUCUCAUUUUUCUCAGCCUAGUCUUUACAGAAGCUUAGUGGGUGCUCUACAAUACCUCACUCUUACUAGACCUGAUCUCAGUUUCACUGUCAACUAUCUGUACUCAGAUUGGGCUAGCAGUGCUCUUGAUAGAAGAUCCAUUACAGGCUAUUGUGUGUUUCUUGGUUCCAACCUCAUCUCUUGGUGUGCUAAGAAGCAACCAAUAGUUUCCAAAUCCUCCUCUGAGGAUGAAUAUCAUGCUUUAGCUCAGGUUUCUGCUGAGUUGAGCUGGAUUGGCAUGCUUCUUGCUAAACUUCAUGUUUCUGUGGAUAUUCCUACUCUAUGGUGUGAUAACUUGUCUACCAUAGCCUUGGCCUACAAUCCAGUCUUUCAUGCAAGGACCAAGCAUAUUGAGGACAAACUUCAGGUCUUUCCUAAUUCCCUCAGUUUGAGGGGGACUGAUAAACAUAAGCCUCAAGCUGAUCAAUCAUCUCCUCAGCUGCAACAGCAUCCAUUCAAAGCUGAUUCAUCAUCUCCUCAGCUGUAA